AUCCACACGGCCUUUUUCGUUCUCUCUUUCUCCAUCGUCGACUCCUGUGAAAAUGAUUGUCCUCAAAACAUCCGAUAACGAAACGUUCAAUGUUGACAGGGAGGUUGCUGAGCGUAGCGUUCUGAUCAAAAACAUGCUCGACGAUAUCGGUGAAGAUAGUGAUCAGGCUAUCCCUCUACCAAACGUAAACUCAAGCGUCUUGAAGAAGAUUUUGGAAUACUGCGAGCAUCAUCGUGGUGAGCCUCUGCCAGCAGCCGAUGCUGACCAGAGCCAGGACGAAACUCGGAAGCGUACCACAGACAUCAGCGAAUGGGAUCAGAAGUUCAUCACUGUCGACCAGGAGAUGCUUUUCGAAAUUAUUCUUGCCGCGAACUACCUGGAUAUCAAAUCUCUGCUUGACGUUGGGUGCAAAACUGUUGCGAACAUGAUCAAGGGUAAGACCCCUGAAGAAAUCCGGAAAUUGUUCAAUAUUUACAAUGACUUUACGCCUGAGGAAGAGGCUCAGAUCAAGAAGGAGAAUGAAUGGGCUGAGGAUCGAUAGAGUUGAUUGUUUUACUAGCAUUCCACUUCGUCUGUACUUAAUUUCAUAUUGCUUUCCUCUGUUCCGAACGUAUAUGAGCUGCAAGGCUCUUGUAUUUUUAACUUGCACUGGUCUGACUUCCCAGUAAAGGUUGAGAUCAAAGGACAGUAUUAGUUGAACGCGUGAUCGAGCUUAGACGAUAGUCUACGCAAGGCUAAUAGCAGGUGAGUGUAGCCUUCAAUGAUACAC